CUGGUUCAAUUAAUAUGUGGCCUGAUCUUAUACAAAAGGCUAAAGAUGGAGGAUUGGAUGUUAUUGAAACUUAUGUUUUUUGGAAUGGACAUGAACCUUCACCUGGAAAAUACAAUUUUGAAGGAAGAUAUGAUCUUGUUAAGUUCAUCAAAUUGGUACAAGGCGCAGGACUUUAUGUCAAUCUACGUAUUGGUCCUUACAUUUGUGCUGAAUGGAACUUUGGGGGAUUACCUGUUUGGCUAAAAUAUGUGUCUGGCAUGGAAUUUAGAACAGACAAUCAGCCUUUCAAGGUGGCUAUGCAAGGAUUUGUACAGAAAAUAGUCAGCAUGAUGAAGUCAGAAAAAUUGUUUGAACCUCAAGGAGGACCAAUAAUAAUGGCACAGAUAGAAAAUGAAUAUGGACCAGUAGAAUGGGAAAUUGGUGCUCCUGGUAAAGCUUAUACAAAAUGGGCAGCACAAAUGGCUGUGGGUUUGAAAACUGAUGUCCCAUGGAUCAUGUGUAAACAAGAGGAUGCUCCUGAUCCCGUCAUUGAUACGUGCAAUGGGUUCUACUGCGAAGGGUUCCGUCCUAAUAAGCCUUACAAACCGAAAAUGUGGACAGAAGUUUGGACUGGAUGGUUUACAAAAUUUGGCGGUCCAAUUCCUCAACGGCCAGCUGAAGAUAUCGCGUUUUCAGUUGCAAGGUUUGUUCAGAACAACGGUUCAUACUUCAAUUACUACAUGUAUCACGGGGGAACAAAUUUUGGCCGGACAUCUUCAGGGCUUUUCAUCGCGACUAGCUAUGAUUAUGAUGCUCCUAUCGAUGAGUAUGGGCUUCUGAAUGAACCAAAGUACGGGCACCUGAGAGAGUUGCAUAAGGCGAUCAAGCAAUGUGAACCGGCUUUAGUUUCAUCGUAUCCCACGGUGACUAGUCUUGGUAGUAAUCAAGAGGCUCAUGUCUAUAGAUCGAAAUCUGGAGCUUGUGCUGCAUUCCUGUCCAACUAUGAUGCUAAAUAUUCAGUUCGAGUCAGCUUUCAGAAUUUGCCAUACGAUCUUCCUCCGUGGUCCAUCAGCAUUCUUCCCGACUGCAAAACUGUUGUUUAUAACACGGCAAAGGUUAGCUCCCAAGGCUCGAGCAUAAAGAUGACGCCUGCAGGUGGUGGAUUGUCUUGGCAGUCAUACAAUGAAGACACGCCGACUGCUGAUGACAGCGAUACACUUAGAGCUAACGGACUAUGGGAACAGAGAAACGUCACCAGAGAUUCAUCGGACUAUCUGUGGUACAUGACAGACAUAAACAUAGCAUCAAACGAAGGAUUUCUAAAGAGCGGAAAGGAUCCUUAUCUCACGGUUAUGUCGGCUGGUCAUGUGUUGCAUGUUUUCGUCAAUGGAAAACUUGCAGGAACUGUAUACGGGGCAUUGGAUAAUCCGAAACUUACAUACAGCGGCAAUGUGAAGCUAAAUGCCGGUAUAAACAAGAUUUCUCUUCUCAGUGUUUCCGUUGGUCUCCCGAACGUUGGCGUACAUUAUGAUACGUGGAAUGCAGGAGUUCUAGGUCCAGUCACGUUGAGCGGUCUCAAUGAGGGGUCACGAGACUUGGCGAAACAGAAAUGGUCCUAUAAGGUUGGUCUAAAAGGCGAAUCGCUAAGUCUUCACACGUUAAGUGGUAGUUCUUCUGUCGAAUGGGUUCAAGGUUCACUGGUGGCUCGAACACAACCCCUGACAUGGUACAAGGCAACAUUUAGCGCGCCUGGAGGAAAUGAACCGCUAGCUUUAGACAUGGCGAGUAUGGGGAAAGGUCAGAUAUGGAUCAAUGGUGAAGGCGUAGGUCGCCAUUGGCCUGGAUACGCAGCACAAGGCGACUGCAGCAAAUGCAGUUACGCUGGAACAUUCAACGAGAAGAAAUGUCAGACUAACUGCGGACAGCCUUCUCAGAGAUGGUAUCAUGUCCCGCGAUCGUGGCUGAAAACAAGUGGAAACUUGUUGGUAGUAUUUGAAGAAUGGGGUGGUGAUCCAACAGGAAUUUCUUUAGUAAGAAGAUCAAGAUAAAGAGCUUCAAAAGUAAAAAUGCAUACAAGAAGCUAACAAUGGAGGGUAUAUUUGCAAAUUGCAGAUGAAUAAAUCAUUUGAAGUACAUAAAUAAUUGAUAAAAGGUAUAUAAAAAAUACAUCAUGUAGCUUGGAAUCUCCAGAAAUGUUACAGCACCCGUGUUUUGGAUUCUCCGAAAA